AUGCGCCUCGUCAUCCCUAACGCGCAGCGCGUCAACAGGGGUGGCAUGAUCCUGUCUGAGAUCAUCGACACGUGCCGCAACCACGACUUCACGGAUGUGGUGGUGCUGCACGAACACAGGGGGGAGCCAGACGGCAUGGUGGUCUGCCACCUGCCAUACGGCCCAACCGCCUACUUUGGGAUUUUCAACACUGUGCUGCGCCACGACAUUGGGCAGAAGAAGGAGGUCGGGACCAUCAGCGAGGCCUACCCCCACCUCAUUUUCGACGGCUUCGGCAGCGCCCUGGGCAAGCGGCUGGGCAACAUCCUGAAGCACCUCUUCCCCGUGCCCAAGGACGACGCCAAGCGCGUGGUGACGUUCGCGAACCGCGACGACUACGUGUCGUUCCGCCACCACACCUACACGCAGCCGGCGGGGCCCAAGAGCAUAGAGUUGAAGGAGUGCGGCCCGCGCUUUGAGCUGCGGCCUUACCAAAUCCGGCUGGGCACCAUGGAGCAGCAGCACGCGGAGAGCGAGUGGGUGCUGCGCGCGUACACGCGGUCAACCAAAAAGUCAAAGCUCGCGGAAGACGGCGCCAAGCCCGCCGCCAAGUGA